AUGCUAUGUUUGCGACCACGUGAUGUUAUAGCCCGACUUCCAUGGUUUCUACUGCUCAUCGCCUACUUUAUUUUCCAUCUCUCCCUCCGAAAUCAGGAGAAAGUUGAUUACCUUACUCCAAAGGCAGCAUCGGCACCAGAGCAUAUCACAGAUGCGUUACGAAAGCAACUUCUUCGUAUUCGCGAUGUGGAGAACUGGCACGUAAUGGGCGACGUGAACAAAACUGGCGAGCAGAUGUACGAGGAUGUUGGAGAAGGGCAAGGUGAAGAGGCCAACAUUGCAUUUUUCAUUCAAAUAUCCCCGACCAACGUCAUCCUUGUUCCGCGAUUGCUCUCUCGCAUCUGGCAUCCGGAUAACAUCUACUGCCUUCACAUUGACGAAAAGCUCGAGAACGAUGCAUUGGUCGAUUUCAAGGAAGCCUUGGCAUCCAACUCGAAGCUUUCAAAUGUGUUUCUGUUGCCAUCAACUUCGAUCACCUAUGCCGGUGUUUCUAUGCUCGUAAAUACGCUGGAUGGAAUGCACUCUCUUCUUCAGUCAAAAAGUUUGUGGGACUAUUUUAUCAAUUUAAGCGGAUCGGACUAUCCACUCAUCUCGAUAACAGCGAUGCGAAGACUACUUGGAAUGCCAUCGGUGAAGAAUCACUCAACGAAUUUUGUUCACUACUCGACAAACGUUGCAUCGUGGGAAGAGAUUGCGCGUCAUAGGCUGGGAAUUCUCCACUUCGACUUUUCUCUCGGAUUUCGUUCCAAUCAUACAAUCCAGCUGGCCGAGUCUCGUAUGAGACACCCCGUUCUCUCUUCCGGCAAUUUGAAAGUCAUAGUUGCCAAAGGAGAAUCGUGGAUCAUGGUGCAUCGAUUAUUUUGUGAGUAUGCCGCCCAUGGGAAUGUCGCACGCCGCUUGCUGGCUCUAUUCGCAAACAUGCAAAGUCCAUCAGAGCACUUUUUCCAAACUCUCGGGUGGAAUCACCUGCAGUUGAACAAAACUCUUGCCACGCAUUCAUUCAGAGACGUGGUGUGGAAACACGGCGGCAUUCGAAGCAUACAACAUCCAUAUAUCGUCGACAAGCGAGAGCCGAAUGGUUUUUGGCCCUUUUGGGACGACAUUGCUCUCUCCCCGAACUUUUUCUCGCGUAAAUUUAGCAUCCCAGACAGCCCCAUGCUGGAUCAAAUUGAUUUGCUGAAGAGCGGCGCAACCGAAAAGGCUGCCAACUUGACGGCAGUGUAUCAGUCCUUUGCGAUUGUCAAAAAUAGGUUUGCUUGUGUCACGGAACAUGCGAGGAGUCGCAAACAUCCUCAUAUCAUGCCGUGCUUUUUCAGUGGUUGGAUGCAAAGGGGCUGCAGGGGAGGCCAAACAGAACUUUGCGCCUCAGAUGUUCCACCACCAGCCUCUAAGACCAAAAUAUUUUCAACGCCGUGGAAAAAAUAG